ACAGAAAGAAGUUCCCCCCCCCUCCCCUCCCCUCCCUCUUCUUCUCGGUGGGACUGGUGUUAGCAGCCGCGGUUCCGGGGCUCGGGUAACAGAAAGACAAGACACACCGAGGAGACUGCUCGGCUGUCUGGCUCCAGUCGUGGCCUGGCUCCGGGCACUCCCAGCUUAUCCGCUAGCAUUGGAGCACAAGCGACAAGACUAAGGCGAAGACAGCGGGGUGGACUUGUUCUGCUGCACAUAGACCCGCGUCUCUGGAUAACUAUACACGUUUUUUUUUACACAGGAUAAACCCCUUCAUCUCACGCACGGCGUCUCCUAAAACAAUGGCGUCUUAUGUGGAUAACAGCUUUCGGCAGGCUGUGAUGAUGAAUCCGGCUGAAAGGACGCAACAGGACCUGGAGAUCGUCUACUCUUAUCUCCACGGCAUGGAGGCCUUGUCCAACCUCCGCGAGCAUCAGCUGAGGAUAAUGUGCGAGACGGUUCGUUAUGAGAGACACGAGGCCAACGAAGUGCUAUACUACCCUGAUGACAUUGGAAGCUGCUGGUACAUCCUGCUGUCAGGCUCCGUCUUCAUUAAGGAGUCCAUGUUCCUGCCCAGAAGCAGUUUUGGGAAGCGAUCAGCAGGCAGCCUGCGUCGUGGAUGUGAGUGCAUCGUACUGGAACCCUCAGAGAUGAUUGUGGUGGACUAUAUGGAUGAAAAUGAGGAAUACUUUCAGCGACAAGCCUCGCACAGACAGUCCCGCCGGCGCUUUCGGAAGAUCAACCAGAAAGGCGAGAGGCAGACGAUCAUCGACACAGUGGAUCCGUACCCCACAGGGAAGCCUCCCAUAGCCCGGGGAUACCACACGGAAUGCAAUAAACCUCAGCUCCCCGCCGACUUCAGCAGACUUCACCUGGCCGACGGCUUGCACCCACAGGUGACCCACGUCUCCUCCAGCCACUCAGGAUGUAGUAUCACCAGCGACUCUGGAAGCAGCAGCCUGUCAGACAUUUACCAGGCCACAGAGAACGAACCGGGUGACAUGGACCUGAGUGGCCUCCCAGAGACCGCCGUCGACUCUGAGGAGGACGACGAUGAAGAGGACAUCGAGCGAGCGUCGGAUCCCCUCAUGAGCCGGGACAUUGUGCGAGAUUGCCUGGAGAAGGACCCGAUGGACAGAACCGAUGAUGACAUCGAGCAAUUACUGGAGUUCAUGCAUCAACUGCCGGCGUUUGCAAACAUGACCAUGUCAGUGAGGAGGGAACUCUGCGCCGUCAUGGUUUUUGCUGUGGUGGAACGCGCCGGCACCAUCGUUCUGAAUGAUGGAGAGGAGUUGGACUCCUGGUCGGUGAUUCUGAAUGGUUCCGUGGAAGUGACGUACCCGGACAACCGGACUGAGAUCCUGUGCAUGGGGAACAGCUUCGGCGUGUCUCCAACCAUGGAAAAGGAAUACAUGAAGGGUGUGAUGAAGACCAAGGUGGAUGACUGCCAGUUUGUGUGCAUCGCCCAGCAGGACUACUGCUGCAUCCUCAACCAGGUGGAGAAGAACAUGCAGAAGGUGGAGGAGGAAGGUGAGAUUGUGAUGGUGAAGGAGCACCGCGAACUGGACCGCACUGGCACCAGGAAAGGACACAUCGUCAUCAAGGGCACAUCGGAGCGUCUCACCAUGCACCUAGUGGAGGAGCACUCUGUGGUGGACCCCACGUAUAUAGAGGACUUCCUCUUGACCUACAGGACCUUCCUCUCCAGCCCCAUGGUCGUGGGCAAGAAGCUGCUGGAGUGGUUCCACGACCCCAGUCUCAGGGACAAGGUUACACGGGUAGUCUUGCUGUGGGUAAACAAUCACUUCAACGACUUUGAGGGUGACCCUGCUAUGACUCACUUUCUGGAGGAGUUUGAGAACAAUCUGGAGAAAGAAGUAAGUGUUAAUAAAAUGUGUGGGCAUCUUAGACUGUUAAAUAUUGCGUGUGCUGCUAAAGCCAAGCCGCGGCUGGUGACACUGACCAAGCCGUCCAGAGACUCUCCGCUGGCGUUCAGCCUGCUCGGAGGUCAGGAGAAAGGUUUCCGCAUCUUUAUCGAUGCCGUGGAGCCUGGGAGCAAAGCAGCGGAAGUCGGCCUUAAGCGUGGAGAUCAGAUCUUAGAGGUCAAUGGGCAGAACUUUGAGAAUGUCCAGCUCAGCAAAGCCAAUGAGAUUCUGAAGAACAACACCCACUUGUCAAUAACUGUGAAAACAAACCUUUUAGUGUUCAAAGAACUCCUUUUGAAGCCUGACCACGACCACGACCUGGACGGCGAGGAGGAGCACGACCGAAAGAACGGAGCGCCUCACCUUCCAAAGAUUGGGGACAUCAAGAAGGCCAGCCGCUACUCCAUCCCUGACCUGGCGGUGGACGUGGAGCAGGUGAUGGGCCUGGAGAAGGUCAGCAAGAAAGCCAAGUCCAACUCGGUGGGAGGACGCAACAAGCUGAAGAAGAUCUUCGACAAGACGAUCACCAGCAUCCUGCCUCCUAAACCAUACAAUGACGUUUGUGUGGGCCAAUCACAGGACGACAGCAUUGUGGGCAUGAAACAGUCCAAACAGAUCCCACCAGCUCUGCCCGUCAGCGGGAACCUCUCAUCGUCGAACCCAGACCUCCUGCAGUCUCACCAUCGCAUCCUUGACUUCAACAACCAGCCAGUUCCAGUCGUACCAAACAUGUCUGACCAGGUGCUGAGGGUCUUCAAGGCUGACCAGCAGUCUCGGUACAUCAUGAUCGGGAAGGACACGACGGCUAAGGAGGUGGUCGCCCAGGCCAUCAGGGAGUUCGCCCUGACUGCGGCGCCAGAAGCUUAUUCACUGUGUGAGGUGUCUGUCACGCCAGAGGGCGUCAUCAAGCAGAGGCGACUACCAGACCAGCUCUCCAAACUGGCUGACAGAAUUCAGCUCAGCGGAAGAUACUACCUAAAGAGCAACAUGGAGACGGAGACGCUAUGUUCAGACGAGGACGCUCAGGACCUCCUCCGAGAAGGCCAGAUCUCCCUGUUGCAGCUCAGUACGGUGGAGGUGGCCACGCAGCUCUCCAUGCGGGCUUUUGAACUCUUCUGCGCCAUCGAACCCACUGAAUACAUCGACGACCUGUUCAAGCUCCGCUCAAAGACGGGCUCGGCCAGUCUGAAGCGCUUCGAGGAGGCCAUCAAUCACGAGACGUUCUGGGUGGCCACGGAGGUGACGCGGGAGCCCAACCAGCUCAAACGCAUGAAGACGGUCAAGCACUUCAUCAAGAUCGCCCUGCACUGCCGCGAGUGCAAGAACUUCAGCUCCAUGUUUGCCAUCAUCAGCGGUCUGAACUUGGCUCCAGUCUCCAGACUGAGGGGAACGUGGGAGAAGCUCCCGAGCAAGUACGAGAAGCUGUUCGGGGACCUGCAGGACCUCUUCGACCCUUCCAGAAAUAUGGCCAAGUACAGGAACGUCCUCAACAAUCAAAACCUCCAGCCACCCAUCAUCCCUCUGUUCCCCGUCAUCAAGAAGGACCUCACCUUCCUACACGAAGGCAAUGACUCUAAAGUGGACGGCCUGGUCAACUUUGAGAAACUGAGGAUGAUUGCCAAAGAAAUUCGCCACGUCGGUCGCAUGGCGUCAGUGAAUAUGGACCCAGCUCUCAUGUUCCGGACCAGGAAGAAGAAAUGGAGAAGUUUAGGGUCUCUAAGCCAGGGUAGUGCCAACGCGACCGUGCUCGACGUCACGCAGACAGGGGGCCACAAGAAGCGGGUGCGUCGCAGCUCCUUCCUGAACGCCAAAAAGCUUUACGAGGACGCCCAGAUGGCCAGAAAGGUCAAACAGUACUUGUCCAACCUCAGCCUGGAGACGAACGAGGAGAGUCUGCAGACGCUGUCGCUGCAGUGUGAGCCCUCCAUCAGUACGCUGCCGAAGAAUGCUGGUGGGAAACGGCCGGACACGUCCCCGGUCGUGUCUCGGGCUGCCAGUCAGCAGAGGGGGCAGCUGGCCAAAGGAAACCAGGCCCUCCAGGUCCCCGCCGUGGCACUUUACCCAUCCCGGAAGAAAGUUCCGGUCAAAGAUCUGCCGCCUUUUGGCACCAGCUCCCCGCAGUCUCUGAAGAAGAUUCUGUCGCUGUCGGAGGAAGGGAGCGACCGGCAUCGGAGGCAGCCAGAGGACACAGUGUCCAACGCCUCCUCCCAGCUCUCCUCCCCUCCCACCUCCCCCCAAAGCUCGCCCAAGAAGGGUUACAACAGGAUGGGAGACGCCUACUCAGACUCUGGUCACAGUGAGAUCUCGUCUCGCUCCAGCCUCGUCAGUAACUCCUCCUUCGACAUGGCCCAGGAGGAGAGGAGACUCCGCCACUCGGGAGGAGUCGGGGAAUCUCACAUCGGGGGAUCGCGGCUCGAACGAAGAGCCACCACUGAUCCUGACCAGUACAGCCUUGGGUCGUAUUCGUCGAUGCAGGACUGUCGGGGUAUCUAUGCCGGCUGCCCCACGGUGCUGUCCUCGCCCAGUUCAGAGGAGCUAACUCAGGAUCAGGGCGAUCGGGUUUCCCUCGAUGCCGCCGACAGCGGUCGCGGAUCCUGGACUUCCUGCUCCUCUGGUUCCCAUGACAACAUUCAGACAAUGCAGCAGGGACGUAGCUGGGAGACUCUGGCUUUCGGCGGAGGCGGCAUCGGUGGCCUCCCGCCCGGUGGACCGGAGGCAUUUUUAGGAGGACCCGCUGCUCUGUGGGCAGCUCAGGCCAGAGGGAGCUGGGCGUCCGCCAGUUCCUCCUCGUCCUCGGCCGCGUACUGGGGCGAGGACUCCGAGGGCGACACUGGCACCAUCAAGAGGAGAGGAGGGAAGGACGUCAACGCCGACCCAGAGACCAGUAGCAUCACAUCGACUGGGUCGGAGGAGGCCAAACAGCUGGGCCGGCCGUCUCCGUCGCCCAUCACAGCCGGGGGUAAAGGCCUCAUUUCGCGGAAAGAAAGCCGUUACCGCGAGCCUCCCCCGACACCCCCAGGCUACACCGCCCUGACCAUCUCUGACCUCGCCGAAGGACAACACCCGGCGCCGAACACCCCCACGCCCACAUCGACGCACUCGGGCCGCCGGCCGCCCGACUACACCACGGCGCUGCAGCGCUCCCGCAUGGUCACGCAGUCGCCCGACUCUCACCAGGCCCACCAGGGGGCGAAGCAGAGGUCGGGCGGCCUCCACCGCACUCGCUCACCGGCCGAGGACCAAGAGCCCGAUGAUGAAGAGGAGGGUGAGUCCUUGUCUUCCAAACUAGUCGCUCUGAGGAAGCCAAAGCCAGUGGCACGGCAUACACCCGAGACUCCCAGACCCUGAGAGUGUGUGUGCGGGGGUAAACAGGCAGGGCCCCUCCCUCAAAGGCAGAGGACGAGCAGGUGUCGGCAGUGUGAGCGAGCGAGGGACGGACGGCGGUCGCGACGUCCUCUCGCUGUAACUUGAAGUCUGCCUGUUGUUCAGGGCGCUGAAGAAGAAACAAGGACUCAUCGUCAGUUACAUACGUGCCUGCCUCCCUCCUCCACAGGUUCUCCCUCCUGGUCAGUGGGUUCCUCUGCUCGUCUCCCUCUCCCCUGCCUUAAAGCAUCAUGGGGGGUUGAAAGACCCUGCAUGCAAAAAAAUACUGUGAAGAAGAAGAAGAAGAGGAGGAGGAGGAGGACGGAGAUGGAGAGGAGGUCAAAGACGAUGUCUGGCACUUUGGAGAAAAGACGCGUUCACACAGAAAAAACACAUUUUGACGUCGCUGUUAGAAACAGGACCGGCUCCUUAAGACCUGGACCCAGUGACACAAACCCCGCCCCCUCCCACCCCAAACCCCCACCUGUUAACGACAUCAUGACGUGUUGAGCUUCAUCUGCACUUUUUUUCCUCAUUUUCUACUUUCUAAAAAAAAACAAAAACAGAACAAAGAACUGAAACCCGACGGAGAGAGAAAACAACGUGACUUCCUUCUAGAUUUCAUUAUUUCUUCUGUUUACAUUUCUUUGACUGAUUGCACUCCGGGAGCCGAAAAGAAAAAAAAGAAGAGAGAAAUUAAGUUAUAAUAAACCUUAAAUCUUACAUUUCUCUGCCUGGACUGAAGAAGAAGACAACAAAAAAAAAACAACCCAUCUGUUGUUGAGUGUUCAAACUCAAAAAAAUCCAGUAUUAUCCACACGUGGAAUCUUAUUAAAGCUCGGAGGAGAGUGAACACACACACACACACACACACACACACACACACACACACACACACACACACACACACACACAGAGACAAAGCACUUUCAGCACAAUCCCAGACGUUGCCAGAUGUUUUGACCUGGACACCAGGGUAUGACUGAAUCACGUCACGUCGCCUCGGAGCGUGUCCGGUCAUUCCAUCAUCAUCAUCAUCAUCAUCCUCCUCAUCCUCAUCAUCAGACUGUGGUUAUGCUGUUACAUUGAACUGUUUGGUUUUUAAAUCAACAACAAAAAAAGCACAUGACGACGACGGCGGCGGCGACGUCUCGCGAGGUCGACUGGAGGAGGAGGAGGAGACUCAGAAGAAAGCUUCUGACGGACGCCGCUGGGAAUCUGCAUAGCUCGUGGGUCAAAGGUCAAACUGUUCUCUGAGGUUAGAAAAGUGGCCUCUCGUCCCCUUUUUAGAAACCAGGGUAUUAAACGUCCACAGACGUCGGACAGAAGCUGCGUGCGUGUGUUCAGCUGUAAAUGUUUUUACAAACAAUCUUGUACAGAGUCUUAGGGGCCGACACACACACACACACACACACACACACACACGGGAGCGAGUUUAUCUAUCUUUAGGAGAAUCUGCAAAAGGUUUCUUAUCAUAUCGGCUUUCUUCACCCUGGUGUUUUUGAUGAUAUCAGAGUCCCAACAGACAUCAUUCUUCUUCUUCUUCUUGUGUUUUUGGCAAAUGAAAGAGAGAGGAAAAGAUCACAGAGGGAGAGUUCUGUUUCCAUGUGGAUAAGGCCUUAAAUAACACAUGUACACACUUCCCUUCAAAAUAAAAGAAAAGCAUCCACAAAUGCUCCGAUUCGAAAUCCACCUCCUCAAACGUGAACGCGCCGCGUCGAAUGUGGAAAAAGCGCCUUACGGUGACGCGUACGCGACCGCAUCCUCACACGGUCGCUCUCAUCGCCGCAGCAGUGGAGCGCGAGGAAAAAAUGCCUUAUUCAAGAUACUCCCCUCCAUGUUUUUCAAGAUCUAAAGAUAUACCGUUACAUGAGGGGGGCCACCACCGCCCUGUGUUACCCCCCCCCCCUGCAUCUCUUCUUCCUCUGCUGCCGUGUGACCACGAACUCUCACGUGUGACAUCAGUGUGUAUAUCACUCACACUUGUGCAUCCAGCUUUUCCAGCAUAUCUCCGUCAGUGGAAGUGACUAAAUAUUUAAUUUCUUUUCUUUUUUUAAAUGACUCCGGUGAGGAAGCUGACGAAUGAAGAAACUUUAUUUUUUGUUUUUUUGUUUUCACGGCUGCCAAUCAGACUGAUUUUUUUUCUCCCUUCUGUCACUGAUUGAUUCGCACUGAUCACAUUGAUCAGUCUUGGAAACUUCGGACUGAAGAGAAGACGAUGAACGAGCGCAGUGUUUUUCCCACUGUGACGACAUGUUAAAUGAUUCUUGGAGGGGCGGGGGCCAGGGGCGGGGCUGGCGGCAUCGGGGCGGAUUUCUCUUUCCUUUUUUUUUGUUAUUGUAAUUCUUUUGUAAUGGCUGCAGAUAGAUUGUUAAUAAUUUGUUUGUAUUACCGUGGCAUCGUUCACUUUCCAUUCAAACUCUUGACGAUAAUUGUGCAUAAAGACAAAAAAAAAAAAAAGUUGCACAAAAAUGUACAAGCGUAAAGGUUCAAGUGUAGUGGGUAGAACUGCUACUGCCGUUUGGUGUGUGAUGUCAGUGAGACGUGUACAUUUAGCUGGUGAUGACCUUCUGUUCCUCAUUGUUUCUCGUGCUGCUCUCGACCUGUACGUCUUUUACAAAGACACUCGGCGGGGGAGCGCGUUAUCGGUUGUUUUUUUUGUAUUUUUAAUACAAUAAUUGUAAAUAUUGGUUAUAUUUUUGUUUCAAAUGUACUAUGUUUAUGCCUCAACAUCCAGUUUAUAUGAAGCUGGGAAUCAAUAAAUACUGCAUAAAGAAAUCAA